AUGUUCUUCCGACCGAUACCAGCUAAAGAUAAAAUUACUUUCACGAAUAGAAUAGGUAAAAAGGAAACUGGCACUAAAAUCAGGUUCAGAAAUGGUUUCUGUCACGACGUUUUAACAUCGGUCGAUAUUCAAGAAAUAGUGAAAUCCGGUGGUAAAAUUAUUAGAAUAUUAGAUGGUAUAGUUUACGAAGAAAAUUUUAAAACUCCACCCUACAGAGAUUAUAUUUUAAUUUUGAAGGAAUUAAGGAAUAAAUACAAAAAAGAAGGAGAGGUGGUUGCUAGUAACUGCAUGAAGUUAAGUAAUUCCUUAUAUGGUAAAUCUAUUCAGAGGGAUAGAAAUACCUCAUUGCAUUUAUGGAAUGAAGAAACCUUCCGCCUUAAUUACGACAAACACGUCAAUAAGUAUGACAAACUAAAUGAUAGUCAGUAUAUCGUUGAGAUAAAUGAAGAAGAAAAAGAAUUUGUUGCUCCAAAGGAUUUUACGAGAUUAACACCCACUCAUUUAGGUACAUUUAUAUUAUCUCACAGUAAAAGAAUAAUGAAUAAUUUUAUUCAAGUCAUAGAUGGAUUUUAUAAGCCUGAAAUAUACUAUACGGAUACCGAUAGUUUAUACAUUUCGUCUAGCAAUUGGGAUAAAUUAAAUGAAGGUGGGUUGGUGUCCGAAAACGAUUAUUGUAAAGGAAAGAAUGAUUACGGUGAUGGUGGAAUUAUAUAUGGUUUAUAUUUAGUGCCAAAAGUCAAAUACAAUAUCUUUCAAACUUCCGACGGUAUUCUAAAAGAAAAGAAAACGUCUAAGGGUUACUCUAACUAUAAGAUUAAGGUAGAAGACUACAUUCAAUUAGCUAGUGGACAUGACGUAACGAAUGAAUUUGAUAAACCAUGGGAGAAGAGUUUUACUGAUGGAAUAGUUAUUCCUAAUGAAAAACAAACUAAAAAAUUUAGUUAUCUGAAUCUCAUAAAGAGAAAAGCACCAGACGAUGAAAGAAAAAAGUAUCCUUACAACUCUGGGGAGGAGAUGUGCUUGGAUAAAAACUACGAAUUUGAUGAUUUUGAUUAUUUUACAAAUGUAUCUAAUGAUGAUCAAUCAGAAUAA